AUGGCGGCCACCCGACCAGAUGAGAAGGCGACGGCCUCAUCUCCCCAUGACGCCGAAACAGCCUUGGACGCGACGUCCACCGACAAAGACUUGGCGAUCAACCUCGUCGGUGAACGCGCCCAAGACAUCGACCCUGAGAUCGAAGCAAAAGUUCUCCGAAAGAUCGAUUGGUUCCUCAUUCCCGCCAUGAUCGUGGGCUACGGCCUAGUAUACUACGACAAAGCGAUCCUCGGUUCCGCCGCCCUCUUCGGCAUGACAACCGACCUACAUCUCACCCAGAACCUGUCCCCCGCUACGUCGACUUCCCCAGCAGUAAUCUCCACGACGCGUCUCUCAUGGGCCACUUCAUUGUUCUACUUCGGCAUGCUCGCCGGACUCUACCCGCUUACUUUCGCCUUGCAACGCUUCAACCUAGGCCGUAUCCUUGGUGCCGUCGUACUACUUUGGAGUCUAAUCUGCAUGUUAACAGCCGCCGUUACCGACUACAAGGGGCUCUAUGUCCAAAGAUUCUUCCUAGGCUUCGUGGAAAGUAUCAUCCCGACAGGCUUCAUGACGAUAGUAAGCAGUUACUACACGCAGCGCGAACAAUCCGUACGCCAGUCCUGGUGGUUCAGUUCCACCGGUCUCUUCACCAUCAUCGGUGGCGCGUUGAACUACGGAUUCGCACAGAUAACUUCUGAUGCGUUAAGACGAUGGCAGUACAUCUACCUCCUCGCUGGGUGUCUAACCUUCAUCUUCGGUUGUUUCUGCUUCUUUAUCCCCAAUUCCUGCGCUGAAGCAUGGUUCUUGGCGAAGAGCGAACGCGUUGUCGCUGUUGAACGGCUGAGGAAGGGCGCGACGGGUGUGCGGUGCCAGAAGAUUAAGAUGUAUCAACUCAGGGAAUGUGUUACGGACGCUAAAUUCUACCUCGUGUUUCUGCUUAUGGGAUCAGCGUACACCGUCAACGGCGCAGUUUCUGGUUUCGGCCCACUCAUCGUAAACACAUUCGGCUGGUCGCCCCUGGCAUCGAUACUCUGGCAGUUCCCGCUUGGUCUCAUCUGCCUCGUUACGAUCCUUCUUUGCGGCUAUCUCUCCUCGCGUAUACCCAACAUACGGAUCAUUCUCCUCAUCGUCAACUGCCUCCCCGUCAUCGCAGGCUGCGCCAUGAUCUGGACAUCCUCCUGGACGUACCAUGCGCCCACUCCCGUAGCCGGAUACUCCAUAAUCGGUACAUUUGGCGCAGUCGUUAGCCAGACAAUCGUCAUAGCCAUGUCCAACGUCAGCGGCGCAACGAAGAAGAGCGCCAUGGCAGGCACGGUCUUUGUAGCAUACUGCGUCGGCAACAUCGUCGGUCCACUGCUGAUUAGGAGUCAAGAGAAGGGUGCGCAUUACCCUAGGCUAUGGACGGGUCUAAUCAUCUGUUAUUGUAUCACGAUCGCGUCGGCGGUAGCGCUAUACGCCGUACUGAAGAGGGAGAACAAGAGGAGAGAGACGAUGAGUGUGGAUGAGGAAGAAAGGGAUAAGAUGGCGUUUAUGGAUUUGACGGAUGGUGAGAACAUGUAUUUUAGAUAUGUAUUGUAG